GUUUUGGCUGUGAAAAAACUUGACUCUACCCAUUUCCAUGGCAGCUCUCCAGAGGAAUUCUCUCAGAUUGUAUCAAAAAUUUCCCAAGUUCACCACCCAAAUAUUGCUGAGCUUGUUGGUUAUUCUUCAGAACAAGGAGACAACAUGUUAGUGUAUGAAUAUUUCCGAAAUGGCUCUCUGCAUGAAUUUUUACAUGUGUCAGACGACUUCAGCAAGCCACUAACAUGGAAUACUAGAGUUAACAUCGCACUAGGCACAGCUCGAGCAGUUGAGUACCUGCAUGAAGUUUGUUCUCCAUCUUUAGUUCACAAGAACAUCAAGUCUGCCAAUAUUCUGCUUGACAAUGAACUCAACCCUCAUCUCUCAGACUAUGGUUUGGCAUCCUUCCAUCAGCGCACUAGCCAAAAUCUUGGGGCUGGAUAUGAUGCACCUGAGUGUUCAAUACCUGAUGCUUAUACCCUGAAGAGUGAUGUGUAUAGUUUUGGGGUGGUCAUGUUGGAGCUGUUAACAGGUCGAAAGCCUUUGGACAGGUCAAAGCCAAAAUCAGAACAAUGUCUUGUUCGUUGGGCCACCCCUCAGCUACAUGACAUUGAUACAUUGGCGAAAAUGGUGGAUCCUUCCUUGCGAGGACUUUACCCUCCUAAAUCACUCUCGAGGCUUGCUGACAUAAUUGCUCUUUGUGUUCAGCCUGAGCUGGAAUUUCGACCACUAAUGUCAGAAGUGGUUCAGUCAUUAGUAAGACUAGUUCAGCAUUCAAGUAUGAAUAUGAGAGAAGAUAUGGAUGCUUGUGAUGGAUGAUAAUGGUGACUGAUCUUUUAUGUGAACAUUAGAUGUAUAGUUCAGUUCAGAGAAGAACUAAAACACCCUCUUACUAGUGGCAGGUGAGUUUCAACCUUCCACUUCCUAAGCUUAGAUUGCUAAUUUCAAAUUACAUAGAAUGUACAAUGUAAUUCAUGCAUCUUCCAUGUUCAGAGUUUAAUUCAAAAGAAAGAAAAAAAAUUGUUGAGUUGUU